AUGGUUAUUGCAAAAAAAUAUAUUCUCUUGAAACAUUUUGAAGGAGAGCCCAAAUCAACGGAUUUAAAAAUAGAAGAAGAGGAGUUGCCAUCAAUAAAAACUGGAGAAAUUUUAGUUGAAGCGGAAUAUUUGUCAGUGGAUCCUUAUAUGAGACUGUACAUAAAACAACUUCCAUUGAACUCUACAAUGUUUGGGGUACAGAUUGCUCUAAUAAUUGAAUCGAAGAAUCAAAAUUAUCCAGUUGGCAGGAGAAUCGUAGGACACUUAGGUUGGAGAACUCACACGAUAAUAAACAUGAGUGAUUUUGACGAGAAAAGUUUAUUGGAAUUGAAGCCAGAAUUAUUACCGGACUUUGGUGAUUUACCAUUAUCACUUGGUCUCGGUGUGUUAGGUCUUAUUGGUCAUACGGCGUAUCUUGGAUUUACGGAAAUUUGUGAACCGAAGGCAGGAGAAACUUUGGUUGUAUCGGGAGCAGCAGGAGCUGUAGGCUCUCAUGUUGGUCAAAUAGGAAAAAUUUUAGGUAUGAAAGUCAUAGGAAUUGCUGGCAGUGAUGCUAAAUGCCAGUGGAUUAUUGAUGAUUUAGGAUUCGAUCAUGCAAUUAAUUACAAAACCCAAGACGUUGCGGCUCAACUGAAAAAAGUUGCACCCCAAGGAAUUGAUUGUUACUUUGAUAAUGUGGGUGGUGAAAUAUCGAGCGCAGUCAUUUACCAAAUGAAUCCAUACGGGCGUGUCUCUGUGUGCGGUUCUAUCUCAGCAUACAAUGCUAAUCCUGAUUCUUUGCCCAAGUGUACUGUCAUUCAACCGGCUAUGGUAACACAACAAUUAAAAAUAGAAGGAUUUCUCAUGUUGAGGUGGAAAAAUCGAUCAAUGGAGGCAUUUGAAAAAAAUCUCCAGUGGAUCCGCCAAGGGAAACUCGUAUACCGAGAAACUGUAACAGAAGGUUUUGAAAAUAUGUUUAGUGCAUUUCUUGAUAUGCUCCGAGGAGGAAAUUUCGGAAAAGCUGUUGUCAAAGUAUAA